AAAUCAAUGCUAAAAUAUUGUCCCCUCACACAAUCUUUCCUUCUCGCCCCUCAAGACAAAGGCUACUUUGUUUUGAAUUACAUGUUUUGUUACAUGGAUAAACCUAAACAUAAUGAAGUUUCCACUGAGGAUGUUGUGGUGGUGGGUCCUGUAAUCCUUGAGCAAGAAACUGUUGUGAUACCAGAAAAUAACAUCAUUGAGGAGGAAGCUCCUGAUUCUGAUGUGACAGAGGAACCUCAACCAGAGUAUAACAUCAUUGCCUCAUUAUUUAGAUUGCAACCAUUUUACAUUUCUUUAUUUUCAUUGAAUAGAAAGGCUAGAAGAAUAAUAGUAAAAGCAUAACUUUGUUUUAGAAGGGAUAACACUAGUUGGGUGCUGAGUGGUAAAAAGGUAGCAUGGCAUUUGGAAUUAAGCUUUUAGGAUGAUCUUACUAUCAAACACUUACUUUUUCUUCUCUCUAAAAUCUAAAUGCAUACAUGAUGAAGAUUGAUGAUGGCAUUGUAAAAGUUGGUGAAAGUCAUUUGACAAAAAUCUUGCAUUGCAGCAGUUUUAGAGAAACUUCUUGAAAUGACAGCAGAGGCUCACUUUCUGGUAUGAAGAUUUAUAUUAGUAGAGUGAUUUAGCUGAUUUUUACUAUAAAAGAUAUUAUUAUUCUCACUAAUUUUCUAUUGUAAUAUGUGGGAUGUAACAGCUGCAGAACUAUGAAAAGGUGGUUCAAAUGUGUGAGAAAACACUUCCUAUGUCAGGAAAUAAUUAUGCUAAUAAUAUUAACAUUUCAAAUGAGGGGCAAAAACAACAAUUGAAGCUUUGGAGAUGGCAUAUGAUAGCUAGGUCCUACUUUUGAAUGGGUAGCUUUGAUAUGGCCCUUGCAUCCCUUGAGAAAUAUGAGCAACUAGCUUUUGAUGAAGUUGUCACAAAAUUGGAUACCUUAGGAGAAGAUUCCUACAAGGACAACACCCUAAUCAUGCAACUUCUUCAUGAUAACCUCACCUUGUGGACUUCAGAUAUGCAGGGUGACAGUGAUGCAGAAAUUAAAGAAGAACUAAAGGCAGAUAAGUAACAAAACUCCCUACUCAAGACCUGUUUAUGGUUUGUAGUUAUUUGCUUUCCAAUUGAAAAUGCUCUACUUGUUGCGAGUAUCAACUCUUUAGAUUUAGGAACAAAUAUUAUAGUUGCAGUUAUUUGGUAAAUCAUAUAUAUGUUUAAUUCUUAUGUCUUGAUUGUAUUUCCAAUUAGUCUCUGAAUUGGAAUGAUGAACCAAUAGAAGAACAAGAGGAAUUGAAUCACCUUCAUCAAUUAUUGAUGGCAGCACUACCUGACUCAGGUAUGUUGUUUGUUUAAUUCUUAUGUUUUGAUUGUAAAUACUCCACUUAGUUAAUCAUUUUUGGUUUUUAUCAAGAAACAUAAAUUUUUAUCAGCGAUAAAUUCAGGACACCCUUUUGUCCCUUACCUUAUGGUUUUCUCUGUAGAAACAACAAUAUAUUAUCUAAGAACCGAACUAUAAGUACCUACUCAGUGCUGAGAUUUUUUUACCAAAUGGUUAUAGUUAAAACACACAUAGAAAAAGAAAUGGAUAUAUGAUAUAUAUCCAACAAAUAUACUUCUCUGUUUGCUUCCUAUAUGAUAAUAAUGACAACCGAUUUGAACAUUAAAUUACAAUAUGAAUGAAUCUUUAACGCGUCUUACCCCAGGCAAGUAAGUUUCUUUUUGCAAAACAUGUUCCUGCACUCCCAAUAAAACCCAGUACUAGUUAGCUCAAAUUAUGAUCAUAGAGUGAGGUUCAAAACAGAGGCAAAUGGCACAAAAGACAUUGUGUUUUUAUUUUUAUUAUUAUUAUUUUUUUAUUUUGACACCGCAUUAUUUUUUGGUAGGUUGUAAAAAGUUGAAGACACUAACACAAAACAUCCAGUUGGAAGUUGCUACAGUUAACUUAGUUGUUGGGGAGAAACCUUCUGAUGUUUACUCAGAGAUUGCAACAAGAUCGGAGAAGUGCCAAAGUGAAGAGGAAGCAACUCUUGGUCGAGGGAAAAGGGUAAGAAAAGUUGUUUCCUGUAGGGAAGUAUAUCCCCCCUUCACCCAACAGAUCAGAAAGGUGAAUAACACCAACAUUAGAGUUUCAUUGGGUGAUUGAAGGUGAUGUUGGUUCUUGAAACGAGACUCAAGACAUCAUAUUUUGGCAUGGCUAGAAGCUUUGGAGGAAACGAGACUCAAGCAAAAGUAAACACACAGAGAGUUGUUGACACAUAGUAAGCUAGAUGAUGCAAUUGUAUAUAAAUGAGUUCAUUUUUUAUAAUAUUUACUCACUAUUGGAAUAAUUAUUUGUAUUUGACAUAUUAGUGAAAUGAAU